UAUGGUUAUUACUUUAGUUUACCCAAAGAAUGCUCUGUAUUUACAGCAGAAGCUGCAGCAAUAUGGAAUGCACAAAAGAUUGCAUUUGCAAGAGUUGAGACUUUUGAUAAUUUAGUAAUCUUUUCAGACAGUUUAUCAGUAUUACAAGCGAUUAAUAACAACGAAAUAAAUGUAUAUAGAAAUAAAUAUAUCUUAGAGAUAAUUAGACAACACACGCGAUUUAAAAACGAAUAUUGUAAGAAAAUUAUAUAUGUGUGGAUUCCGGCUCACGUCGGCUUUACUGGAAACGAGUUAGCUGAUCAAUUCGCCAAAAUGGGAGCCGAAGAACCUGCAGACGAAAAUAUUGAAGUACCUAUUAAGGAUCUUACAAGUACGUUCAAGGAGGAAGCAUGGAGAAAAACCCAAAGCAAAAUAGUGAAUGAGUCCAGGUACAAGGGAGCCUUUUAUUUUGAUAACUUUUAUAAUGGUAACAAUAAGCACCCAUGGUUCAGAGAGUGGAAUACGGAGAGAUAUUAUGUGACACUCAUCAACAGACUGAGAUCCAAUCAUUACAACCUUAACGUAUCGCUGGCUAGAAAAAACUACGUGGAAAGUGAGAGAUGUGAGUGUGGGUAUGAAACGGAGGAUAUCGAUCACAUCGUGUGGCGUUGCCAUCGAUUCGAUGAGCAGAGAGUAAGGUUAGGUGAGAUAUUAUGGAGGAAUCGGCUUGAGAGAGUUGAGAGUAUAUACGAUAUUUUGAAAAGGGAAGAUUGGAAGAAAUUCAGAAUCAUUUUCGAUUACAUCAAAAAAGUAAAAAGAGUCAUAUAGAUUUGGGACUCGUUAAACACGCGUGUCACAGGACACAAA